AGUGUGUGUGUGUGUGUGUGUGUGUGUGUGCGAGCGUCUGUCAGUCUGGAGCCCUGGUACUCGUACACCCACUGGUACCCCAUGGCGUCGGCCCACGUGAAGAAGAGCCCGGCAGAGCGUCCGGCGCCGGUGCCGCGGAUGCAGCCCGCCAUGAUGAUGUUCUCCAGUAAGUACUGGUCCCGGAGGGGCAUGUCACUGGACUCGGCCAUGUUCCAGCAGCAGAGACACACCGGCGGGCAGAUGUCGAGGCGUCCGUCCUUCUGUCCCAUCAGCGAGACGCCGGGCACAGAGAGCGCCGAGGAUUCUGGGAAAACAGCGGUAGUGUUUUCUCUGAAGAACGAAGUGGGCUGUCUGGUCAAAGCUCUGAGAAUCUUCCAGGAGCAGCGAGUCAACCUAUCUCACAUCGAGUCCCGUGCGUCCCGGCGCGUCCUGAGCGAGGUGGAGAUCUUGGCCGUCUGCAGCUGCAGCCAGAGAGAGUUUAGUGAGCUGCUGACGCUGCUCAGGGACGCCGUCAACAUCAUCUCUGUCAACACGCCGCCCAACGCCUGGGCCGCCGCCGAUGAAGAGGCAGACGAUGUUCCCUGGUUCCCGAUGAAGAUCUCUGAGUUGGAUCAGUGUUCUCACCGAGUGUUGAUGUAUGGAUCAGAGCUGGACGCCGACCAUCCGGGCUUUAAAGAUGAAGUUUACCGUCAGAGGAGGAAAUACUUUGUGGAAGUGGCCAUGAAUUAUAAAUUUGGGCAGCCCAUCCCCCGUAUAGAGUACACGGAGGAGGAGGUCCGUACGUGGGGCGUGGUGUUCAGGGAGCUGACCCAGCUGUACCCGACUCACGCCUGCAGAGAGUACCUGAAGAACCUGCCGCUGCUCAGCAAACACUGCGGUUACCGUGACGACAACAUCCCACAGCUGGAGGACGUCUCCCUGUUUCUCAAAGAGCGGUCUGGCUUCACGGUGCGACCGGUCGCAGGUUACCUCUCUCCCAGAGACUUCCUGGCCGGUUUGGCUUACAGAGUCUUCAACUGCACUCAGUAUGUCCGCCACGGCACCGACCCACUGUACACACCGGAGCCGGACACGUGCCAUGAGUUGCUGGGUCACGUUCCUCUGCUGGCCGAUCCCAAGUUCGCUCAGUUCUCUCAGGAGAUCGGCCUGGCGUCUCUCGGAGCGUCGGACGACGACGUGCAGAAACUGGCCACAUGUUAUUUCUUUACCAUCGAGUUCGGACUCUGCAAACAGGACGGUCAACUGAGAGCGUACGGAGCCGGUUUACUAUCGUCUAUCGGAGAGCUGAGGCAUGCCCUGUCGGAGGCAGCGUGCGUGCAGCUGUUUGACCCUAAGACGACCUGUAACCAGGAGUGUCUGAUCACCACCUUCCAGGACGUUUACUUUGUCUCCGAGAGCUUCGAGGAGGCCAAGGAGAAGAUGAGGGAGUUUGCCAAGACGAUAAAGCGUCCGUUCUCGGUGUACUACAACCCGUACACGCAGCGCAUCGACCUGCUGAAAGACACCGGCAGCAUUGAGAACGUGGUGCAGGAUCUCCGCAGCGACCUGACCACCGUCUGCGAUGCGCUGGGCAAGAUGAACACCUACAUGGGCAUCUGACACGCCGCGCUCUAAUUGGUUCACAGCCUCACACCUGUGACACAAACACAGGAACAUGAAGUUCUCGCUGUCUGAGCCCGCUGUUAUUAAGGCUUGUAACAAUGCAUUGUGUAACAAAACAUCAACAUGAAAUACAUGUUAACUUCACUAUGUGUAACAACACCUGCUUUAUGUUAUAAUCUGCUGCAGUUUGUAAUAAAAAUCCCUGAACGCAAUGUGUAAUAAAUUACAAAAUGCGAAGGGUUACAAUUCUUUUUUUCACGUACAUGUAAUAAUAGUGUAGUAGUGUAGUAACCAACCAAAGGAAUUGUUGUUUUGGAAAGGCAUUUGAAGAGAACAUUUAAACAUUUAAAUAAAUAAAGGCUAUUUUACCACAAACUAUUUUAAUAUCUUGUCUAUUACAUAAUGCAGAGGAAUUGAUUACAUAUUGCGUUUGGGGUUUUUAAUACAAAAUGCGGCAGAUUAUUACAUAACGAAGUUAUAACAUUUAUUACAUUUUGAUGUUUUAUUGCAAGGCUUCUAAGCCGUUAGUAAAAGCUUUAUUAAUGCUUAAUUACAUCAUCCACCGGAGCUUUAUACGUAUUUCCUUUUGGGUUGCCAGGUUGUGAACAGCUGCUGUUGUAAAUCCUCUUUAGAGUCCAGUACAGACUAAAGAUUAAUGUUCAGCCCAUAUGUUGUCUUCCAUUCGACCACGGAUUUGUCGUCCGCCCGUUUCAAAACUGAAAUCAACACGUUUUUGUCUUUUUUUCAACACUUUUGGCGCUUUUUUUUUUUACAUUUAACGCUUCUUUUCACUACCA